UGGGUGCUGGCCUUUGAGAUCUUCAUCCCCCUGGUGCUCUUCUUCAUCCUCCUGGGGCUGAGGCAGAAGAAGCCGACCAUCCCUGUAAAGGAAGGUGACUUUCUACACAGCGGCCCCACUCACUUCGGCCGGAAUCCUGCCCGUCAUGCAGUCCCUGUGCCCCGAUGGCCAACGUGAUGAGUUUGGCUUCCUGCAGUACUCCAACUCCACGGUGACGCAGCUCCUGGAGCACCUCAGCGAAGCAGUGGAGCAGAGCAGCCUCUUUGACCCGCAGCACCCGGGGCUGGAGGAGGAGCUGGAGUCGCUGCGCCGGCGCCUGGAGGCACUGAGCAGCAGCGAGCCCAGCUCCAUGGAGACCCACUUCAGCAACCGAGCAGGAUCUGGCUUCACGCUGGCCUGGGCGGCCAAGGACCGGGGUGAGCUGCAGCGCUUCCUGAUGCAGAACCUGUCCCUCCCCAGCAGCAUGGCUGAGCUGCUCCUGGGCUCCAGCGUUGACCUGCGGGAGGUGUACCGCCUGUUCUUCGGUUCCUUUCCUUUGGUGCCUGAUGAGACCCACGAGCAAGACCUGUGGGAUGGGUUUGGCCCAUGGGAGAAGAAGGUGCAGCUGGAG